CUUCAGUGCAAGUUUUUUGCUGGCCGGCUGUUGUUCGUUGCCGUGAAAAAAUCAAUUAAUUUGUAAUAAAACAAAAAAAUAAAAAACAAAAAUGGCCUCAGCCGCUUCAACACAUUCGCUAUUUAAAAGUGUUUUUGGCGCCCUGCGUACGCUACUGCAUUUGACGGCAGCAGUACAGUUUACGUACGGCAUAUAUUAUGAUUAUAAAUACGUUGAAUUUCCAACUCCGACCGAACCCGAUUCAAAAUUAAUACACCAUCCGUUUGGGGGAAAAUUUAAAUAUCUUACCUUCCUGGAUGCGAUAAUACAGGCAGUGUAUUACAUUGUCUCCCUUGCGAAUGACUUUGUGGGCACCAACGAGCUGGUGCCAAGGCGGCCGCCAGCAAUACGCAAGUUCAAGGACUGGCUGAUGUCCACGCUGGCGUUCCCGGUGGCCCUGAAUGUGGGCAUCACAUUUUGGACGUUAUAUGCCAUCGAUCGUGAGCUGGUCUUUCCCAAAGUGCUGGAUCCCGUCUUCCCUGGCUGGCUCAACCAUGUCCUGCACACCAAUAUUGUUGUGUUCAUUGUCCUGGAGAUAUUCACAUCAUAUCGUGCCUAUCCCACGCGCACCAAGGGCCUCACCGGCCUGGCCAUUUUCAUGGGCAGCUAUCUGGUCUGGAUACACAUCAUCAAGCACUAUUCAAAUGUCUGGGUGUAUCCGGUACUGGAGGUACUCCAGCUGCCGCAGCGUAUUGUGUUCUUUGUGGCCGUGCUCGGUUUCACAUUCGCUCUCUAUCUGCUCGGCGAGUUCCUCAACAAUGUCGUGUGGGCCAAGGAAGUGAAGCUGUCGCAGCGCAAGGCAAAGUAGGCUGUGUGUGUGUGUGUGUCUUUAAAUCCCGUAGUGAAUAGUGUGUACGUCUGCUCGUCUGCUCGUCUUUUUCAAUGGUAAUUCUGACAAUGGCAGCAACAAAAUUACUAAAAAUGAAUUUCGCUUAUAUUUUACACGAUUAUAAAACGUAAUUAUAAAGUUGAACUAAUGCUACACCUAAUAGAAAUUGGCUUGAAUAGCGAUUAAAAAUUUGUAGUACUUCAAUAGAGUGCACUUGCAAUUGCAGUUUGUUUAUUAAUUGUAUUAGAUGAGCCCAAUUAACGUUCGAGCAUUUUUUCAAUUGCAUAAUUCAUAUCAAGCAAAAGCACAGCGACAACUUUAAAGCCUGCGUUUAACUGUAAAUUGAAAUCUAGAGUUAUUAAAAUAAAGUAAACUAAA